AUGGAUUUCUUAGAUAUGUCCAAGGCUGAUGUUUUAGCCUGGGCCCAGCAAUCCUUACCAACCCCAAUAGACAAAAUUACCGUUGAUGCUGCUGUGGCCCACACUGAUCAUCAUGGCACAAGUUUUAUCUUGCUACUCAAACGAUCCGGUCAAAAGGCUUACUACCCCAAUGACUUUGAGAUACCAGGGGGGAAAGUUGACGAUACAGACGCAUCGAUACGCGAUGCGAUCGCGAGAGAAGUCGCAGAAGAGACAGAUCUCACUAUUACCAAUAUUCUCACUCCGCUGGCACCUUUAACUUACACAACUGAGAAAAUAAUUGGGGAAGGACCUCUUAUUCACACGAUACGAAAGAAUGUUCUGCAACUGAGCUACUUGGUCCAAGUGCAGGAAGCUGGGCACGACUUUGUGGUCAACUCAGAUGAGCAUUCUGAAGGUCUCUAGGUGGCUGUCGACAAGCUGUCAGCAGUCUAAAUGACAGACCGGAUGCGUAAGCUUGUCUCAGAGGCUUUUCAUGCUUCUUCGUAGUGAC